CGACACUAAUUUGUAAGCUGGAACUGGCUAUCCUUGUUUCUUUUGAUUUUUUGGCAGAGAUCGGAAAACCUUUUAGGCUGACCUAAAAAGCGGACAUCUUUUUGGAAAAUCCAAUCUUGCGAAAAUUUUAGAUCCUCGCUUAAUCUUGUUAUUUUAAAUUCGAUGGUCACUUUUAAUGCCUGAGAACAAACAUAGCUUGAGAGAAUUCUUGAGUUUCUUUAAAAAGGGAUUUAACGAAGAUUUAAAAAAUAGAUAUUCUUUCGUUUUUUUUUAUUUUUGUUAUUCUUCCUGCGUGUCCUGUAGCAGCCUUUUUAUCCCUUUUUCAUCCAAUCUCUAUUGCUCGGUAUCCCUUAUAAGCUCCGAGGCGUAGACAUAUUUUAUAUUCAUCGUUUUUUUCUAAAUUUAAUCUCUUAAAAAUUCAGCUGAAGCUCCGCUUUAUCUCUGAGCGUUGAAGUCUGGAAUUGUUUAUCAUUGUUUAUUAUCAGUUUCUUUUCAUUUAUUUCAAUCAACACAAAUAACACGGGAGGGGAAAUAAUUCCUAAUUCAUAAACUGAUAAUCCAAAUAAAAUUCAUUCACUUAUGUAGUGAAAAAGUCUAAACCAAAACUGCAAAUGGCGUUUCUUUUUUAUUCAAUCACAAAAGAGUGAAAUAAAAUAAAGUUUAAAAACUUAAAUUUUCUCCUUUGAAAGAAAACUUUUAUCCUCAAAUCGCUGAUUUGCAUUUCAUUGUUUUACUUUUAUUUUAAGAGCUUAUUUUCAAGCUGCUUUUUUCAAAGCAAUAGGCGAAAAAGGCGGAUUCUGCACUUGGUAAUAUUUAGUUUUAUGAAGUGUAUUUUAUGCUGUUGUUAAUUCGGACCGCCCUUUUAAACGCGAUCAAAUUACUUUUAUCCUUUUUAGAGGCAACCAUUUAAACAGAAAUCAAGAGAAAUCAUCGCAUACCAAAUUAAAUUUGUGACCGUCACUUGGAAUUAAAAAUUCAUUACUUGGCAAACACUUAGGCAAAUACGACUCCGUUAAUCAGCCGAAAUUUUACAGUACAGCUUUGCUUGUUUUUUAUAUUAUUUCGCUUUUCUAUUAGUAUUUCAGCUUCCUUUUAAUACACAUUUUUGCUAUAUUUUUGGGAAAAUUAAAAGUAAAAAUCGAUAAAUCAAUCCAAUCCGGUGAACGCAGAAAUAAAAGCAGACACUUUUCGCAAUUUCUUUCAAUCAUUUUUAGAACUGCUUUUCUUGGUUGGUUUAUUUCAGUUACUUCCGUAUUCCAUUACCGCAUUUCAACCAUUGGUAUAAUUUACUUUGAUACCUUAUCAGACAAUUUGCAAUUCAAAAGUUUGAACUUGCCCCUCUUAGACCAGAAAUUAUCGCGACAGCGAAAAUCUUCAAAAGCUCUUUGAACACUCUUAGCUGCUUUUUGCUAGUGAAGUUUAUAUAUAAUUGAUACAUUUAUUACCAUUUUUCUAAAACUAAUCAUACUUUACAUUCAAUCAAAGAAAAUUUUUUCAAAUAAAAUUAUCAAAUUUCCAUUUACGCUAAAAAAAUUUGCACCUUUUGAAAGAAAAAAUUAUUCAAGAUCAAAAAGUCACCAUGUUUAACAACAGUAGUUUGGUUGAAAAUGAACAUGAAGUUCCUUUUUAUAAACAUCCUGCAAUUGAAUUUACAAUUUACUUCGUGAAAAUAACAGUCCUCUGCCUCGGAAUUUUGGCCAAUUUGGGAGUUGUUUUGACAGUUAUUUUCCACAGUUGUCCUCGUAAACAUGCGGCCUUUGCAGCCGCCAGUCUCUGUGCUUCGAACAUCUUCUACGGGUUGUUCAUCCUGUUCUACGCUACGCCCCUCCGCUUCUCAAGGACGUUUCAGGGCAUGAUGAUGACCUCUCGGCUGUACUGUCACGUCACUCAGAUAGGAUCGAAUGUUCCGAAGACGUGGAUUGUGGCCCAUCAUGUGUGGAUUGCAGUGGACACUUUCUGGCUGAUCAAGAAACCAUUUCAAUACACCACCCUCGUCGCCAAAUACUUCAAAGCUGCUUUUGGCUUCAUUUGGAUCGGACUGACUGUAUGUGACGUCAUUUUCCAGACAGUCACGAUGUGUUUCUACGAGUCGUUUUUCCACGACGUUUACAACUACAAAAACCCCCCCACGAGCAUAACUCCCGAAAUAAUCAACAUCAUCAUCAACUUCGCUCUCUACAUUUCCGCUUUCAUAGUAGUAGUGUUUCUCUACUUCUACGUAUUCCAAGAAGCCCUCAAACGAGCACGAGGCAUCAAAAUUACGUCAUCCGUUUCGGCUCCGGCGCCGAAACUGGAACGAGAGAGUUUAACCGGAAAUACGGACACUGAAAACGAACAAGAGGCUUACAAGAAAGAACUGCGUCUGCUUUACGGGUUUGUAGCGCUCAUCACCGGAACAAUUUUUUUUAUAAUUGCACGCAACUUCUAUUACGGUUUUUGUUUAUACAUCGGAUGCCAGAAAAACCGAGCAAGAAACGAUUUUCUAGUUUCAAUUACGACUUCUAUAAUGCUCUCUUUGUUGAUUUUGUUCGCCCCCUACACCUAUUUCUACAGAAACCCACUUUUCUGGAAAUGUUUCCUGAAAUUCGUCAAUAAAGCCUGCCCGCGACUCGCUAGGUACUCGGCACAGCUGCGACAACAAACAAACGGCUAUACUUCGUCGGUGAGAGCGACCCGAAAUGCUUCGGCACGUACGACGAACAAUGAUUUGUGCAAUAAUGCCAAGGCAGUUGAGCGAAACAACGGAAAAGAUAACCCUGAUAAAAUCGAGGAGCAUAUCGAAAUGAAAGAAACUAGCGCUUAAUGAAAAUAACCUAAUUAUUAAUUAUGUUGAACUUUUUGUCAUUUCUAGUCAAAUUAUAUAUUUAUUUUGAUGCCAAAAAAGAAGCUUUUAUAUGCCACAGAAAAAGAGUGAAUUUCACGUUCA